CUGCUUUCAAUUCAGCUUUGCUUGGUUUUGGUUCGUCGUUCGUUGUUCGUCGUAUUCGUUUGGUAUUCGUUUCGUAGGUAUAUUAUAUCGUUGCUUUGGCUUUGGCGUUUGGCUUUGGCUUUCCUUUGCUUCUACAUCAGAUCUGCUGAGUAUUAUAGUGAAGAGUUUUAUUCCACAUACAUUAUUUGGUUCUCGGUCAAAAUAAAUUUUUAGUGGCCAUAUUCAAAUAUAAAUUACUAAUUUAAAUUACACAGUCCACUCCAAACUACCCAACAAAAAUCAUAAAAAAUGACUGCUGAAAGGCCAAAACGUCCACUAUCCGCAUACAUGUUAUGGCUGAAUGAGACCCGUGAAGAGAUCAAAAAAGAUAAUCCCGGCAGCAAAGUAACCGACAUUGCAAAGCGUGGUGGUGAAUUAUGGCGUGCAAUGAAGGACAAAUCUGAAUGGGAGGCAAAAGCUAUUGCGAUGAAAGAAAAAUACACAAAGGAUAUCAAGGAAUACGAGGCAAACGGUGGAACUGACACAGGUGCCAAGAAGCGGAAGACAAAAGCAACCAAACCCGCCAAGAAAAUCAAAAAGAAAGAGACGUCAGAGGAAGAGAGCGGCGAGGAUGAAAGCGAUUAGAUCGUCUAAGAUUUCAUUAUUUUUCUUUGAUAACUUUAUUUUUUCAUUGUUUUUUAACUUUGAUUUCAUAAUUUGUACUUUUUUAAUUUUUCCAUUUUUGUCUGUGGAAAAGAAAAACAAAAAACAAAUCAAUACAAAAUUACUUAUUUAUCUAUAGUAUCUUAAUUGUAUUUCGCAUAGUUUUGCCAAGCAAAAUGCAAUAAGAUCUAAAAUGCGGAAAACAAAAACAAAACAAAAAUUGUAUUGAAUAUUUUAAAAGAGGAAAAGAAAAAAUAACGAAAUUAUAGAACCUACGAAAUAAUAAUUUUUCUCCCUUAGUUUGUUAAGCUAAAUAAGUAUAUUAAAUAUUUUAUGUGUAUUUAAACGUAAAUAAAUGAAAAUUUUAAAAUACAAACAAAACAAAACAUGUUUCUUAUUAUUUUCUAAAAUUAUGGAUAUGGAAUUUUGGGCAGAAUAUAAAUUUUAAAAUUAAAUCAUUAAAUGUAAAAUAAAACAUAAAAAUAAGUUUAACAAAAAAAAUCAUUUAGCCAAAAUAGAUUUCUUGAUAAAAAUAAGCAUCUUAAAUGUCCGUAAGAAGAAUCCGUACAAUUAAGUAAAAACAAAAACAAAAUUAUAAAGCUAAGCAUAUUGCUUAAAUAGAUUUUAUUAAAAAAAAGUAAAAGGAAUAAAAAUAUACAUACAAAAUACUUGAAAAAGAAAUACCAAAUUGAAAACCCUAUUUUACUAAAAUCUGAAGAAAACAAAAACAAGAAAAGUUUAUUUCUGCCGAAAUAAAAUAAAAUAAAAGAAAAUAUUUAAAUCUAGAAAAAUUAAAUUAGAUGUGAUGUUUAAUAGAUUUCCGUUUUUCAUUGAUAUACAAAACUACAAUGGAGUAAAUUUAUAAAUAUUUCAAGUGAAUGAAUGUAUAUGAUUUCUUGAAAACAAAAAAAAAAAUAUUAUAUACUCUACUCUCUUGAAUUUUCUUAUUCAAUGGAACGUUUUUCUUUCGAACUUAAUAUGGCAUGCUAUGCAGAGUAAUGUUGCCAUUUAAGUUUAUGUUUAACAAAAAAAAUAAAAAAACAA